AUGGUGGAGUUCAAACCCUUCACAGCUUACAUCGUUGAUGCUUGCAGGACAGCUGGUGGCAAAAAGAAUGGCAAGCUUUCAGGCUACCAUCCCGGUGAGCUGGGUGCUGCCGUUUGCGAUGCUUUGCUGGAGCGCCAGAAGCUGCCGGGUGCGGAGGUGGAGGAUGUGAUCUUCGGAUGCGUGGGGCAAGUGGGUGCACAAGCUGCGAACGUCGGCCGCACCGUGGUUCUCUCCUCGCGGCUGUUGCCCGAAAGCGUGCCUGGCACCUCAGUGGACCGGCAAUGUGGCUCCUCGCAGCAGGCAGACGGUUGGGGUGAACGCAGUGAGAAGCACCGAAAAGCAUCCAAAAGCAUGAGAAGGACUGCGUGCAUCUGCUCCGGAGCAGUUGGAGUUCAGCUGAUGGAUGAUGUUUUCCACAUGAGAGGGGAAACCUUUGCUUGA